AGAUCAAUGGAAGAAGAAAAAAGAGAGUGAUAGAACCUUAAAGACAUGAUUAAGUGCCACCUCGUUAUUGCCCAUCUGACACAUAAAUCGCUAAAUCGUUUGAUCAUUCUUCUUGUCAUUUCCCUCUGAUUCAGAACAUAAUGCUAUUACUUUACAGCUCCUUCAAAACACUCACAGAUUUACACGAGUUUCUUUUUAUAUGCUCAAGAAUACUUCUCUUUUACAGGCUAUAGUCUUACGAUUCAAUUCAGUAGAGCCUUCUUUUUAUGUAAUUUACCUGCCUAAAUAAAUUAAUAUCCAAAUUAAAAAAUAAUAUUAAAAAUAUAAUUUUCUUACAACUUACCACGCACACAACUUGGAAAGGCGGGAAGACUGCAUAUUAUAAACAUUGUUAACUUUCAGCUUCUCAAAGAAGAAAGUCAACAGAAAAAUGGCGACGACAACAAGAUAUUCAUGUCUUAAGCUUGAAAUUCCCAACCUCACUGAACCCAUCCUAAAGGGCGCAUGGUACCAGACCCACUUCAACCUCUCCAUCACCGACGGCCUCAACGCUUGGCUCUGGAAUGCGACUGAAGAGGAGGUGAGAGAUCGAGCGGCGCAGUGGGACCAACCGGUCACCGAAUACGUCAAUUUGGCCGGGCGGUAUCUACGGUUUCAACAGCCUGGCUCGGUUUACGGUUUUAAUGAUGCUGGUAACGGGUGUAAAAGGUUGUCAUGGACAUUUGAGAAAGAAGGGACAAAGCUUGAAUGGAGGUGGAAAUGUGAACCUGAGCCAGAUAGCAAGAAUGUUACAGGAGGAAUUAUGGACUUUCUUAUGGAUGCUAACAUUAGUGGAAGAUUCUGUAUUAUUAUCAAUUUUUUAGAAUUUUUAAUUUUCUACAGACAGUACUUCAGGUACCCAGAUAAGCACCUAUAGAGCACUAGUAUAUGAUCUUGAUAGAAGUGAUAAUUUGGCAUCCCCUUAAAUCAUGAUGGAAACAGCCAAAACAGUUUCACUGGAUUAGAGAUUUAAUAAAUAAUGUGCAAUGAAUAGCCUUGUUGGUUAGAGCUCUUGCGGUGGACCCAGAGAUAUACCAAGCUUUUAGGGAUAAGGAGGAUCUUUUAAUUUUGUUUGUGUUUGGAGAAGAAACAUUAGAGUGGCUGGCUAGAAUCAGAGAUCCUGAUGUAAUCCUUAUUUGAAUGGGCACUAUAAACUUGGAGAAGCUUAUAAAUCUUUUCUUUUUUAUUUUUAUAUAAACAGUAUUUGUGUUUAUACGAUGAAGUUGUCAGAAAAACUCAAUCUUUUGAGAGGCUAAAGUGGAGGCUGAGAAAUGUUUGGAUCAAAGUGAUAGACAUAACAAGGAGAAGGUGGAGUUUGAAUCAGCUAUCUACACAAAGGUGCAUGUUUUGACUUGUCCAGCAUGGUCCUUUACUGUUACAUUAUUAUUUUUUUUGUUCUUCUACUUUAAUCUUGUUGUUCAGCAUGGGGAAGACAUUUUGGUGUUCAGAAUCAGACUUCUUUCUUCAUGUUUGACCUUGAAGUUAGUGGGCUAGAAGACUACCUAAGAGGCACGCUGAUGAAAGCAUGGGUGUAGAUAUGAAGCAUCAUCCUCAUAGUAUUAAGGGCUGACUUUGAUUCUUUAUGUACUUUUACUUCCUUGGUGUCCUGAAUUCAAAGAAAGCAAAACUGAGAGGGCUUCGUGACAGCUUUCGAAACGGGAUGUUGGGAAUUCACCUCAGGAGGAGGAAGAAUCCAGAGACAGAACUGAGAGUUUUGAUAAAGUGAGUGAUGAUGAAAAGACUGACGAAGAAGUUGCAAAGAAUUUUACAAGCACUUCGAAGGGGGCUCUAGCAAGAAGGGCUCGCGGUUGAAAGAUGACUACACGAAAAUAGCAUCCAACCAGUAAAUUGAAGGUGAGUGAAAAUCAAUCUCCUAUCACCUUGGAUUUGAUAUUCAACCCUUGUAUCGACAACUUAAACAUGCAAAUUUACAAAUGUAAUAGAUUUUAAUUCAGGUACUAUUGUAUCAUCUUUCCAAGAAAUUUAUUCUUCUAGAGGAAUUUAAUGUAUUCUUUAGUCCCUUCAUGCAGUCAUGUCUUGAUUGCUAAC